AUGGCGCGUCCCAAAAAGGCGGAAGAGAAACCAAAGGACUCUGGAAGUCUGCAGAUCAGUGUCGAGGAUUUUGUCCGCACCAGGAACUCGGUGGUCACUGGUUUAGCCACGCUCCAGUCGGCUGUCUCGGAUCUCUCACGCGCGUACAUCGCGCACACGGACACAGUCAUUGGCAGAGGCAAUGCUUCAUCUCUUGAGCAGCUGAACAUAUCCAAUCCUCUGAGUGGAGAGAACGGCCUCUUCGGUGGCCGUGGCCCUACGCCUGCCCCAACAACCGAAGCACCCCCAGAGGGCAAGAAGAGGAAGAGAGCUCCACAUGACAAGAAUGCGCCCAAGCGUGCUCUUACUCCGUUCUUCUUGUACUUGCAGACUGCCCGCCCAGCCCUUGCGACCGAGAUGGGGUCAGGCCACACAGCUAAAGAGGUUCAAGACGAGGGAGGACGGAGAUGGCGAGAGAUGACCGACAAGGACAAAAGUGAAUGGCAAUAUAGAUAUGCGGUCAAUUUUGCGCGUUAUCGGGCGCAAACCGAUGCGUACAAAGCAGGCAAACCAAUCCCAGAGAUUAGUGACGCCGAAGCAAAAAAGCUUUACGAAACCACGAAGAAGGAUGGCAAGAUACUUGCGCCGGCCGAUCUCGACCCUGGCCACAUCGACGAGGAAGAUGAAAGUGACUCAUCUACUACAUCUGACGAAGACUCUCCAGAGCCAGUCAAAGCUCCCUCUCCCAAGCGGAAGAAGACUGCUAAGAAUUCGGUCGAAAAGAAGCCACCAUCGGCGAAACAGACCCCGGCAAAGGCACCUGAGCCAGCAGUCGCAGAGCCGACCUCACAAUCUCCCGAGAAGACGUCGCUGGAGAAGAAGAAGAAAGCUUCGAAGAAGAAGGAGACGAAAGGUACCGGAGAUAUGACGGAUUCGAAGAAGGAGGUUGUUGCCGAGCCAGCGAGCUCACCGUCCAAGCUGACAGGCCAAGAUAGCCAGCAGAAGCAACAGAAGAAGAAGGGGAGGAAGCGCAAGAGCGAACCAGCCGAGACAUGA